AUGAUCUACCAAGCCUGCUUCGUGCACACGCACCGCGCCGAGUCGACGGUCCAAUGGCGUGUCCGGUGCUGUGUGGAAAAAGGCUUGUUGACCGAAGCAGAGUACAACGCAAAUUUGACAGCAAAUAGCAAGUCCCCGAAUACGAUUACCUCACAGCCUUACGACACUUCUAAGGCCUCCGUACUCAGCGCUUCAACCGAACCCAAGCCGAAACGAACGGGAGGACAUCAAGGGUCAACGUAUUGGUCCGCUGAUGAGGACAACAUUGUGGUAUCCACAGACACUCAGGGUCUGGGGCCUAAAGAGACCUGGCGAACCUACUUCUCUCAGAACCGCACUUACGCUGCGGUGAGGAAGAAACACGACUACUUGAGAAGAAAAGGCCGGCUACUCAGUGACAGAAACCGAAGAGCCCCGAUGGCACACCCCAGAGCUUGGGUCUCGGAGUCGAUGGCACAGAAGGAAGUGUAG